CUUCAUCUUCGUAUAAAUAUAUUCAGCAUGUGCAUAAUUUUUCACAUUCAUUCUCAUAAUGAAGCUAAUAAUUGCAGUUUUAUUUUCACUGUCUCUCUCAGUGGAAUCCCAAAUUCCUUGCAUCUUCAGGGAAUCGACGGCGUCAAUAACAGGAUACGAUGUAAAUACAGUCGAAAACAUCACAGUUUCAAACGAUGACGUUAAAUUCUAUUUCAAAAGUCAACAAUAUCCGGACGGAAUAGGUCCGAUAGAUCUAAAUGAUACGGACGCAGUUUUAUCAACAGGAUUUUCGCAUGCCAAACCAACGGCUUUCGUGGUUCACGGUUGGAGAAGUAGUCACAAGUCCGAGAUAAUGGAAUUAGUACCGAAAGCUUUCACCGAUACAAAAGACAUCAACGUAUUUGUCGUCGAUUGGAGCUCGAUAGCUCGCAAAUUGUAUACAGUAGCGUAUAAAGCGGUACCUGAAAUCGGAGUUAUCUUAGCGGAUAACAUCAAACUCUUGAUGACCAACUACAAAUUGAAAUUGGAUAAAACGGCAAUUAUCGGACAUUCUUUGGGAGCUCACGUUUCUGGUUUGGCGGGUCAAGCGCUCGAAGGAAAAGUCCGUUACAUCGAAGGUUUGGAUCCUGCUCUACCUUGUUUUUCUUACGAAGAUCUAAAUGGACGUUUAGACGCCACCGACGCUAAAUACGUCGAGAUAAUUCACACCAACGCCGGUUUAUUAGGUUUCGACGUCGAUCUCGGACACGCCGAUUUCUAUCCCAACGGAGGAAAAAGCCAACCGGGAUGUUCUGCAUUAGACGUUACGGGUAGCUGUUCUCAUGGUAGAUCGUACAAAUACUAUGCUGAAUCUAUAGUGAGUGGUGGGUUUGUUUCGAAAAGCUGCGAUAGUUACAAGGAUUUCGAGGAGGAUGAAUGUUUCGGACCUACCACAACUAUGGGAGAAUUUUUCUUGAAAAAAUCCACGCCUGGUACUUAUUACUUGGACACGAACAGCGAAUCGCCGUACUGUUGCAACACAAUAUUUUUAGUAAUAAUGUUAUCGGCAACUAUGUCGAAAAUCGUUAUUUUUCUAUCACUAUUUGUUCUAGUAACAUCAGAUAGUUCUUGUGUCUUCAGGGAAAGUACUUCUGAAAUAACUGGAAACGUUCCGAACCCCCAAGAACUUUAUGAUGUAUCAGAAAGCGACAUCAAUUUUUAUUUUAAAAAUCAAAAAAAUCCUGAUGGUGUCGGCCCCCUGUAUCUAAACGAUUCCGACAGUGUUAAUUCGGCAGGAUUCUCAGCCGAUAAGGACACCGUAUUCGUAGUUCAUGGUUGGCAAAACGAUCACACAUCACCAAUAUGUUCAAUUGUACCAAAAGCUCUAACAGAUACGGUGGACGUUAACGUUUUCGUCGUCGAUUGGGGCGCAAUUUCUUACGGCAUGUAUUUACCCGUGUUCGAAGCAAUUCCGACGAUAGGGACAAUUUUGGGAAACAAAAUCCAAUAUUUGGUUAAGAAUAAUAAUUUGAAUUUAAGUACCACGGCCGUAGUUGCACAUUCUUUGGGUGCUCACGUCGCCGGUUUAGCCGGUAAAGCUCUGGGAGGUAAAAUUAAUUACAUUAUAGGUUUGGAUCCGGCUUUACCUUGUUUUUCUUACGAGGAAAUUGAUAAUAGACUAGCCGAAUCUGACGCUCGUUAUGUUGAAAUUAUUCAUACGUGUGGAGGUUUAUUGGGUUUCAAUGUCAGUAUUGGAGAUUCUGAUUAUUAUCCGAACGGAGGUAGCAAUCAACCCGGAUGUCCAACAGACGAUUUCGGAAGUUGUUCUCAUGGUAGAUCGUAUGAAUAUUAUGCGGAAUCUAUACUGAGUGGUGGAUUCAUUUCGAAAAGUUGUGAAAGUUACGCCGAUUUCCAAAAAAAUAAUUGUGCCAACGCCACGUCGUAUAUGGGAGAAUAUGUAAUAAACAAAAAUGCUACUGGAGAUUAUUUUUUGUCGACAAAUAGCGUCUCUCCGUAUGCGAAAAAUUGAUUCAAAUUUUGUAAAAAUAAAAGUUUCGUAUUUGA